CGGCCCCGGCCCCUUUCGCUCGGCUUGAGGCUCCUGCUCUUCCGGGUGCGGCGAUGGCGGCGCAGUGAAGGGAGCGCGCGGCCCGGGCGGGGAGAUGCCUCCGGGCCCCGCCUGAGACAUGGAGGAGGAAGGCAAGAGGGGCAAGAAGCCUGGCAUAGUGUCCCCUUUCAAGCGUGUCUUCCUGAAAGGCGAAAAGGUGGGUCGGGACAAGAAGACCCAGGAGAAGGUGACAGAGAGGCGGCCGCUGCACACGGUCUCCGUCCCUUUGCCUGACCGGGUGGAUCCCGACAUCCUCUUGAAUGACUACAUCGAAAAGGAAGUGAAGUAUUUAGGUCAAUUAGCAUCUGUCCCAGGGUACCUGAAUCCCUCCAGCCGAACGGAAGUACUGCAUUUGAUAGACAAUGCAAAGAGGGCUCAUAAGCUUCCAGGGCAGCUGACGCAGGAACACGACGCUGUGAUCAGCCUCUCCGCCUACAAUGUCAAACUGGUGUGGCGGGAUGGCGAAGAUAUCAUACUCAGGGUCCCAAUCCAUGACAUCGCGUCGGUUUCCUACAUCCGCGACGACUCCUCGCACCUGGUGGUGUUGAAAACAGCUCAGGACCCCGGGAUUUCCCCCAACCAGAGUCUUUGUGCCGAAAGCUUGAAAGCUCUUACGUCAGGGUCUCUCUCGGAGAGCGGAGCGGUUCCUGUCGAAGCUUGUUGCCUGGUGGUCCUGGCUACAGAGAAUAAAGUAACCGCGGAGGAACUCUGCUCGCUUCUCAGCCAAGUCUUCCACAUUGUUUACACGGAGUCCACCAUCGACUUCCUCGACAGAGCAAUAUUCGACGGGGCCUCCACGCCAACGCGACACCUCUCCCUGCACAGCGAUGACUCUUCUACAAAAGUGGAUGUUAAAGAUUCCUACGAAACGGAAGCAAGCACUUUUUCUUUCCCCGAGUCCUUGGAGACCGGUGGCAACUCCCCUUCUUCCUUCUCGGCACAGCCAUCUCCCCACGCCAAGGCGGCCAGCGAGAGCGAGCUUAGCACCACCGCGACAGAGCUGCUCCAGGACUAUAUGAUGACGCUACGAACAAAACUCUCCUCUCACGAGAUCCAGCAGUUUGCCAUGCUUUUGCAUGAAUACCGUAACGGGGCAUCCAUACACGAGUUUUGCGUCAGUCUGCGACAGCUCUAUGGGGAUAGCCGGAAAUUCCUCCUGCUGGGCCUUAGACCAUUCAUCCCGGAGAAGGACAGCCAAUACUUUGAGAACUUCCUGGAGACGAUUGGCGUGAAGGACGGGCGAGGCAUCAUCACCGACAGCUUUGGGAGGUACCGGCGGACAGUGAGCACGACCUCGAACUCCACCACCAAUGGCAACGGAGCCGCGGGGAGCUCGGACGACCAGUCUGCACCCUCGGAGGGAGACGAGUGGGACCGCAUGAUCUCGGACAUCAGCAACGACAUCGAGGCUCUCGGGUGCAGCAUGGACCACGAUUCUUCCUGAAAGGGUCGGGGGGAGAGAGA